AUGUCAACCGCACUGCAGCCACUGGAUGGCCUUAUCGUGGACCAACCUCCACCCACGGCUUCAUCGUCAUCCCAGGCAUUGAAGCCUGGGCGGGUGCUUGCCUGUGUUCUUUGUUCGCAGCGCAAGGUGAAAUGCGAUCGCAUCUUCCCUUGCGCGAAUUGCGUCAGGUCUCGAGCUCAGUGUGUUCCCUCUUCGCAAGUCCAACGCGCUCGGACACGUAGAAUCCCCCAGCGAAUCCUCCUGGAACGGUUGCGCACGUACGAAGACCUGCUGCGUCAGAACAAUGUUGCGUUCGAACCACUCCAUAAAGAUUCAGCUAGGGAGCAAGGGUCUUCAAAUGUGAAGAGAGGUUUUGAAUCGGACGAGGAGCAUCCAGAAUCCAUGCAUUCGGAGAUGCCAACUCCCUCGGCUACACCCAGGUCAGGACGGAGUUAUGGAGUCAAAAACGUAUGGCACGUCAUGAGCCAUGGGUAUCGGGAUCCAGAUACUGACAGCACUUCCUCGCAUGAAGAUGAGCUUGAAAGCGCUGUGAAGGAUGCCUGGGAUCAGUCAGUUGCAAACGACGAUAAUCUGUUGUUCGGCACCCGUGGACCAGCAGUCGAUCUUUCUAAUCUUCACCCCCUCCCAGUCCAGAUCUUCAGGCUUUGGCAGGUAUACUUGGAGAACGUAAACCCGCUGCUCAAGGUCACACACAUCCCCAGCCUGCAGGGACGGAUCGUCGAAGCCGUCAGCGAUGUCUCCAAGAUCAGUCCAACUUUAGAGGCACUGAUGUUCAGCAUCUACUGCACCGCCAUCAUGAGCCUUGCCGCCGAAGAUUGCCAGAGACUGUUCGAUUCUUUGAAAGAAGAUCUGUUGAUGAGGUAUCAAUAUGGCUGCCAGCAGGCGCUGUUGAAUUGCUCCUUUUUACGGACCAGCGAUCGAGAAUGCUUGACCGCAUUGUAUCUCUACCUAAUCUCCAUCAGACCCAGCACAGUUCCGCAGUCUCUGUCAUCUAUGCUGGCCGUGGCGAUUCGCAUUGCACAACGCAUGGGCAUUCACAGUGAGUCGGCAUUGGCAAGAUACAGUGCACUCGAGGCGGAAAUGCGCCGGAGGCUGUGGUGGUCGCUGGUACUUUUUGACACUCGCAUCAGCGCGACGGCCAACUCUAGGACGGUGACGCUAGAUCCUACUUGGGACUGCAGAAUUCCUCUCAAUGUGAACGAUUCUGACCUGCGGCCGGAGACGAAGAGGCCGCCGCCAGCAAAUCAAGAAAAUCCGACCGAGGCACUUUUCGCCGUUAUCCGUUGUGAGCUGGGUGAAGUGAUCCGCCACUCGUCUUUCCAUCUCGAUUUUACCACUCCGGCGUUGAAAACAACUGUUGGAGAGAGCGGACUCGGAGGAGAAGAGGCCAAGCUGGCCAAGCUGGAGGAGCUGAUUGAGGACCGAUAUCUCAAGAACUGCGAACCAGAGCACCCACUGCACUUCAUGACGAUGUGGACGACACGGGCACAUCUUGCCAAAUAUCGCCUCCUGGAACAUCAAUCCCGGCAUUCGGGUUCAUCUGCGCGACAGACGGAUACGCAGCGAGAUACCGCCACUUUGUACGCGCUGAGGGUGCUCGAGUGCGACACCAAGGUCAUGACGUCGCCGCUGACCAAGGGAUUCCGCUGGUUGAGUCAAGCCCACUUCCCGUUCCCAGCCUACAUCCAAAUCGCGCAGGACUUGCGAAGCCGGCCUGUGAGCAACAAAUACGCCCCGAGAGCCUGGGAGGUCAUGAGCGAGAACUACGACGCGUGGUUCGGUUCGCAGAACUUUCGGGAAGCGCACAGUCCCUUUUUCCGCCUCUUCGCAAACCUGAUACUCCGGGCGUGGGAGGCGUAUGAGGAUUCUCCCACGCGGGACGAAGAUACUUCUAUUUUCACACCGCUGCCGCCAAGAGUCGUCUCAUCCAUCAGACACGCGCUGUCCCAAAUAUCUCAGCACCAGCACCACCAUGCACAGACCUCCAAUGCUGACACCGACACCGACCCAAAGAGCAAUUAUUUUACGGGCUCCGAAAUGAUAACGGACGAGCAGUGUCUGAUGGCGACCUCGGGCCCUACACCGACCCUGGUGGGGACUUCCAACCAGAGCCUGCCUUACGGAAAUGGAAUACAGGAUGAUGACUUCACACUGCUCAAUCCACAGAUGAUAGACACCGACAUGUGGCCGGGGCAAGAGGCGCUGGGUAGUUACGUGGACCCGUGGGACUGGACUGGCCUUGAUGGACAGCCUGGUUGGGAGGGCUUUUGA